AUGGCUUCUGGCGGAAGUGCAGUCACCACCACUUCUCUCGAUGAACUCGACAUUUCUCCAGUGACCUCUCCCAUAUCCAAACUCAGCGAUGACAUUCUCUUGUUGAUUUUCAUGACUAAUGCCAUUAACCACAGCAAGGAUGUCUUCACAAGUGUGUCGCUCCUGGAGGCACCUGCUUCUUAA